ACAGGAUUUCUCUCUCUCUCUCUCUCUCUCGCGGCAUCUCGGCUUUGGAAUAUCUUCCUCCUCUCAGACCGACCCAGAAGCCUUAUCUUCAUUGGCUUCCCUCAUCUCCUGUAGUAAUUUCGUCUCUUGUUUCUUCUGGAAACACCCAAUUUCCAUGUCUUUAUAGCAACCUUGGAAGCUCUUUUCUUCUGCACGCUCUCUCAUGGCAGCAAUCAUAUCCUGCCACUACCACCACUCCUGCUCUUCCCUCAUCAGCUCGAAGCGGAUUGGCUCAAAACUACCCACAAAUUGUUUCGUCCAUUUGAGUACACAGACCAACAAUGUCGCGUCGGUCAGGCAGUUUGUGCCCCGGUGUUCUUCUAGCCCAAGCGGUCGUGGCCAAUGGCAAAUUCAUCAGAACAGAGAGGAAGGGAGAUCAUUUUCCUUGAGAGAAUGUGCGAUAUCUAUCGCUUUGGCCGUUGGAUUGGUCACGGGAGUGCCUUCUUUGGAUAUGUCUACGGGCAAUGCUUAUGCUGCUAGUCCUGCUUUGCCUAAUCUUUCUGUCCUAAUAUCUGGCCCACCGAUUAAAGACCCUGAGGCUUUGCUAAGAUAUGCUCUUCCCAUUAAUAAUAAGGCCAUAAGGGAAGUUCAGAAGCCUCUCGAGGACAUCACGGAUAGUCUCAAGGUUGCGGGUCUCAAGGCACUCGACUCCGUGGAGAGAAAUGUGAGGCAAGCAUCUCGAGCGCUCAAGCAAGGUAGAAAUUUGAUUGUAUCUGGCUUAGCUGAGUCAAAGAAGGACCAUGGAGUGGAGUUGCUUGACAAGCUGGAAGCUGGAAUGGAUGAGCUCCAACAAAUUGUGGAGGAUAGAAAUAGAGAUGCUGUAGCAGGCAAACAGAAGGAACUGCUUAACUAUGUUGGAGGUGUUGAAGAGGAUAUGGUGGAUGGCUUCCCUUAUGAAGUUCCUGAAGAAUACAAGAAUAUGCCUCUCUUGAAAGGUAGGGCUGCCGUGGAUAUGAAGGUCAAGGUCAAGGACAAUCCCAACCUGGAGGAGUGUGUGUUUCGAAUAGUCUUAGAUGGUUACAAUGCACCUGUCACUGCUGGGAAUUUCGUGGAUUUGGUAGAGAGGCACUUCUACGAUGGCAUGGAAAUCCAGAGAGCCGAUGGAUUUGUUGUUCAGACAGGUGAUCCCCAAGGUCCUGCUGAGGGUUUUAUUGAUCCUAGCACUGAGAAAACCCGUACAAUACCUUUGGAGAUCAUGGUGGAUGGGGAGAAAGCGCCAGUAUAUGGAGCGACACUUGAAGAGCUUGGCCUUUACAAGGCUCAAACAAAGCUUCCAUUUAAUGCAUUUGGGACAAUGGCCAUGGCCAGAGAUGAGUUUGAGAACAAUUCCGCAUCAAGUCAGGUAUUUUGGCUGCUAAAGGAAAGUGAACUGACCCCUAGUAACGCGAAUAUAUUGGAUGGGCGGUACGCGGUUUUCGGUUAUGUGACAGAAAAUGAGGAUUACUUAGCAGAUCUUAAGGUUGGUGAUGUCAUAGAGUCGGUGCAAGUCGUCUCGGGCCUGGAUAAUCUGGCAAAUCCCAGCUACAAGAUUGCUGGCUAGGGUUCUUCCUUUUCUCUUCUUUUUCCAAUAUCGUCCGUUUGGACACUUUCCAUGUGAGCUUGGAUGACUCCGACAUGAAGUCGUUUAAGGCUAAUUGUUCUUUGCCUGAUUCUUGUCAUUUAUGAGAGAUAAAUGUCUUAUCCACAUUGAGAAUGUAUUCUUUGUUGGGAUUGCAUCGAGACCAAAUUCAGAUCUAUUAGUGAAAGUUGACAU